GGCAGCGUCACGACACUCACUGUGGUGGAUUGCUUCGAAACUGUGCGAGAAUUUCAAUCUCUGUUGCUACUCUGACUCAAAACAGAAUGGGAUCCUCUAAGCUGGCCCUGCUUCUGGUGUUGGUGUCCUGUGUCGAGCGCUGUCUCUCUGCUUCCUGCGUCGUGGACAGCUUCUCAGUCAAACAGGACUUUGACCCCAAGAGGUAUUCAGGGAAGUGGUAUGCGCUGCAGAAGAAAGACCCAGAAGGCCUGUUCCUGCAGGACAACAUCUCAGCCGAGUACACCAUCGAUGAUGACGGCUCCAUGACCGCCUCCUCCAAAGGACGCGUCACUCUGUUUGGCUUCUGGGUGGUGUGUGCUGACAUGGCUGCCCAGUACUCUGUCCCUGAUCCGACCACCCCCGGCAAGAUGUUCAUGAACUACCAGGGACUGGCCAGCUACCUGUCCAGUGGAGGUGACAACUACUGGAUCAUCGACACUGACUACGACAACUACGCCAUCACCUACGCCUGCCGCACUCUGAACGACGACGGCAGCUGCAGUGACGGCUACUCCCUGGUCUUCUCCAGGAACCCGCGCGGCCUGCCUCCAGCCAUCCAGCGCGUCGUGCGUCAGAAGCAGGAGGAGAUUUGCAUGGCCGGACAGUUCCAGCCCGUCCUGCAGUCUGGAGCCUGCUAAAGAGAAGAAGAGUAAAUAAAACAGGAAGUGUGUGCCAGUGUGCUGCAAGAACAGGGAGGAUGAGAUAAUAGAGAGUGUGUGUGUGUCAUGUUGUGUAUGUGAGAGUGUGACUGUCUUUUUUCCCCUCAUUCUUGCACAACAAAGUAAUAGAUGAGGAAAAAAGAAAAGAAAAGCCGGAGUGAAAACCAUGACGUGAAGACUUUAAAGUGGGGUUUGUCACUGUGGUUUUUGGAGAGAUUUUGAAUAAACGAUUUUUUUCUAAAACAUUA